CUUUUGAGUUAGGUUGACAGUGGCAUUGCAGAAAAUGGGUGUUUCUUCACUCUUUCCGGUGCAAAUAGCAGUUUGGCAAGAGACAGUAGGGCCUGGUGCUUUUGAGCGGGAUCUCUGCAUAAAUUCGCCAACAGGAAGCGGGAAAACUUUAGCUUAUGCUUUGCCAAUAGUGCAGAUGCUAUCAAUUCGUUGUGUAAAAUGUCUACGUGCCCUGGUUGUGUUGCCUACACGUGAUUUAGCUCUACAGGUUAAGGAAGUUUUUGCAGCCAUUGCACCUGCAGUAGGCUUAUCUGUUGGUUUGGCUGUUGGUCAAUCUUCAAUUGCUGAUGAAAUUUCAGAACUUAUUGAGAAACCUAAUUUUGAGGCAGGCAUCUGUUAUGACCCAGAAGAAGUUACACAAGCAUUGCAAUCUUCUGUAGACAUACUGGUGGCAACUCCAGGAAGGCUUAUGGACCACAUUAACACCACCGAGGGAUUUACACUUGAGCAUCUCCGUUACCUUGUAGUUGAUGAAACAGAUCGGAUGCUUAGGGAGGCAUAUCAGUCCUGGCUACCAACAGUGCUUCAAAUAACUAAAUCUAAUGAUGAUAUUCUCUUUUCCUCUACUCAUCCAUUUGUUCCAUCGAUAUUUGAUUCCUUAAGAACUAUUAGGCGAUGUGGAGUUGAAAGGGGUUUCAAAAGUAAAUCUUAUCCAAGGCUUGUGAAGAUGGUAUUAUCUGCCACAUUAACCCAAGAUCCAAGCAAACUUGCUCAGCUUGAUUUGCAUCACCCUUUACUAUUGACAACUGGGAAGAGACGUUACCAACUCCCAGAAAAAUUGGAAUCUUAUAAGCUGAUAUGUGAAUCAAACCUCAGGCCCCUUUAUCUUGUUGCACUUCUUCAAGAUCUAGAGGGAGAGAAGUGCAUUGUCUUUACAUCAUCCACGGAGUCUACCCAUCGCCUCUGUACCUUGCUAAAUCUUUUUGGUGAUUUGAAAAUAAAGAUCAAGGAGUAUUCAGGUCUCCAACGACAAUCUAUAAGAAGCAAAACAUUGAAAGCAUUCCGAGAUGGGAAGGUACAAGUACUUGUUUCCUCCGAUGCCAUGACUCGUGGAAUGGAUGUCGAGGGGGUGAGAAAUGUCAUUAAUUAUGAUAUGCCUGCAUAUAUAAAGACCUACAUUCACCGAGCUGGUCGUACCGCAAGAGCAGGACAAGCUGGGCGUUGCUUCACAUUACUACGCAGACAUGAGGUAAAGCGUUUCAAGAAGCUAUUACAAAAAGCUGAUAAUGACUCUGUUCCACUGUACUCUGUUUCAUCCGGGUCAAUUGAAUCCCUUCGAGAUAGCUAUAACUCUGUGCUGGAAAAACUGAAAGAGAAAGUCGAAUUAGAAGCAUCUCGGAAGAGAAAACUUCGUUCCAAAUUUCCCAAAAUGAGCAAGAACGUGGAAACAGACAAUCAGAAGGGAUGAUAUGGUUUGCCGAAGAGAGGAGUUCUUCCUACACUGCUGCGCAGCAUUUUUAUCCGAGAAAUGGCUAUUGUUUGAUGCAGUGCUAAAGCUUCCAUGUUCAUCAGUGCGCUGGAAUUUUGUGCAAUUUAUUCACGCACAUGAACCAAAGUAAAUCAACACUGAAUCUGGUGUAUGGACCCGCAUAACACCCUGCAUACCAGGGGCAGUUUUAGCCUUUCAGGUGCAAAAUAUACUACUUUUGCUGCAAAACUGUCAGAUGAUGAGAGUUUAGAAGCUCAGGAAAGCAAAUGACAUUAACGCUGCUCGAUUAUGUUCUUACAAAUACAAAUAUACAACUAUUGAAUGUACUGAGAUUGUGCUUCGAGCCAUAGUAGGCAUCGACUGUGUUAUGAUUAUAAUUUGUGUUGAAAACAUUCAGAAUCCAGUGCCUCGACUCUUGUUAUUUUAAUUGAUGAAAGUUUUCCUCUGUGUACAAGAUGGAAAUUACACUACAUACCAUGCUGUUCCAU